CAUUAAAGUGUCAACCAGGGGAAGACAUCUAGUUUCAUCUUAUCCAGUAAGAGGGGAAAAGUCUAGUUGAGGAUUAAAGGAAGAGGGAAUGGUUUUGCUGGUACAAGAAACUCUGCAAACCUAACAAAAGCGAGACAUAUUUUCCAUGCAGGAAGUGGAGGCUUCGAAGAAAUGUGCUGUAGAACUUCUUCAGUUUCCUGAAAGGUGCGAGAUGACAAAAGAUUGAAUGCUGCGCUCUGGAACUCCACUGUGACAAAGGGAACUGGACUGACAGUGUCUGCAUUGGCUGGUAACAUGAGUGAAACGUCAAACAAGUUAACUGAGCAGCGGCAGGUUUGCGAACACCAGCCCUCUGUGUCUGUCCGAGUAUUAAUCCACCUGAUCGUUGUCUUACUGCUCGGACAUAUGGUCACAAGUGCCCUGCUAUACGUCUAUUUCUCAGUGAAACUUGACAAGGUUCAGGAAAUUGUGAACACGGAUCCAGAAUAUAUGUUCCUGAAAAUUAUUAAAAAAUGUGAAAAUAAGAAUCACGUGGAAAAGGACCAGCGUUUUUGUGAUGAUAUAAGACCCGAACUUCAGCAUCGGAUUCAGGAGUACUUGGCCAACAACACUGAACAACAGCUAUAUGGCACAGGAGAUCCAAAACAAGAAAAACAGAUAGGUAGCCACCCUGAUACAAUGACUGACAAAAUCAACAACCUGCACCGCACUGCAGCUCAUCUCAUUGCUACAAACAGAGCUGAAAAUACACCAGACUCCGCCUUUCCUGAUAACAAAGGACAACCAAUAAAACAAUGGAUGGCUAAAGGUUUUCCUGCUUUUACAAACAACAUAAAUUAUACCAGUGGUAAGCUAGUUAUAACUGAGCCCGGAUUUUACUAUGUGUACUGUCAGAUUAGUUUUCGACUAUCCAGUAACAAAAGUGACAACUUAACCAGUGCACCAUUUCUUCAGUACGUCUAUUUGCAAAGAAUAAAGGAGCAAGCGACUCUACUAAUGAAGGCAUCCAAAACACCAGUGGACAAAAAGGAGGCUGCUAGUUUCAACUCAGUCAAUCAAGGAGGAGUGUUUAAGUUGAAAACAGGAGACAAGCUGUUUGUAACUGUUACUAAAACAGAUCUGCUCAGCUAUGAUAGAGCCACUUACUUUGGUAUCUUUCAGCUUUAAGUCCCUCUGCUAAAACUUGACUUAAAGUUUGCUGUCAGAUAGAAAAUUGGUUCCAUUUCUCAACAGCUCAGGUCUUUUGUCAGUGGCUCAUUGCUUUAACUGCUUUCUCGCAGAGUUUUCCCAAAGAAAUCUGCAAGGUUUCACAAUUCUACAGUCAGCAACAAAAUACAGUUCAGUAACAAAAUUCCAGCUUUUCAACACCUCCUUAAUCACCCCUUCCACUGUUAGCAGUCUCCAGCUCCGCUGUAAAUCAAACAGCCCGGUUUAUUCUUUUCAGAUUUCCAUAGAAAUACAGAAAAAUGACAGAUCUUACAGAUCAACAUUCUAAAAACAGUGCAAGAUAUUGAGUGGGCGCAGUUCCUCAGAUUCCUUCACAUUUACUCACACCAAUUCUCCACUAGAGCAACACGUGCAAGAAACUGAUACUGAAAUAUCCCUUCCCUGAAUCAAUACUCGGUGAUAUUUGAGGUCAGAUUUUACCAGUUGGUGUAAAUUGCAAUCACCUUUACCCCAGGGCCUGCAAUUAAAUAUUUAUUCCUUGUGCUUCGAGCUGACCUCGGGCUGAGCUACACGCCUGGUUUCGGAGUCAUCAACCGACUGGGGUGGAAACGGUCAUUACAGCAGCUUUUACCUCCCUUUAAACAUUCAGCUUUUUGUUUUCGUUGGGAGAGGGGAGGAAUUGUCAAAUCCUGCAUAGCAUAGUGAGAGGAGGGGUGUGUAUUUUGUUUCACCGAAUUUGUGAUUAAAGUUACCCUCUUGACUGAUUUUAAGUGCUGACUGGAGAUGGUUGAUAAAUGAAUGCAUCCUGUGUAGAAACAGCAGCCUCGAAGCCUGUAAACAGAAAACCACAGGUCCACAAGCUCUGGAGCAAAGCUUCCGAGUGAGCAUUGCAUGCGCUGCAUGUCCUCGUGUUCUUGCCUAAGCGGAGUCUGUAUGAAAAAUAUAGUGAGCAGGUUAAAGAGGGGAGUCAAUCUUGUUGAACUGACAUUGAGGAAAAGCUAAGUACCACCGGUCGCGGCGAGCAGGUUCAUUUCUAAUGUGGGAGUAGCAUCAUUAUGGUGAAACCAUCUCAUUUACAUAAUUUUUCAAAAAUGUAUUUAAAGUAAUAUUCUUAUUGUAUGCAUAAAGCAUCAUAUUUGAAAGGGCACAUUAAACGCCUCAGUAACUUUGCAGAUAAACUGCCCUAAAUAGACUCAUUCUAUUCCAUUGUUCUUAUGAAGUGGUUUAACAAUCGAAGCGAUGCCUGCUCGAUAACUGAACCAUAGACACUCAGGAGGAAGUGAAGCUUUUAAAUCUUUUAAAUAAUGUGUUACCACUUCAGCAGUUCUUGCUAAACAAAUUUUUGUUAUUGCAAAGUAAUUUUCCUCCUAAAUUUGCUACUGACUUUAUUCUACAUCAACAAGAUCAACCGAGCUGUCCCAUUGUAACCAGUUCCGACAGCACUCGAGUUUUUACACCGUCCGUCCAUCAAAGCAAAGUUUGCAGAUUCUCAGUGUGUGAUGUCGCACUCCCCACGGGGAGGAUCAUUACAGGGAGCACCUACCUGUCAGGCAAUGCACUGGAAUAGCAUCAGUCUGGCCUGCGGUUCUUUUUUUUGCAUAAAGCACUAAUUAUUCCCAUCACCCCCUGUCCUGUGAAAAGUGUGUCACGCAGUUAAAUAGUUUAUUGUGAGCUCCGUGCUAUCAUGAAUGUUUGCAAGAAUGCCAAAAUAGCACUUAGAAUCUCGAUGUGCAUUUCAGGAAUUUCUGAAAAUGUUUUUUUUUGUAUCUUAUUUAUCAUAUUCUGGAACAGGACAAUUAAAUUGCACUUGUCAAGUUAAUAAUUACAAAAGCAGGUUUCUACCUAUUUCUUGUCUGUGUGUGUGUGAGGGUAGGUGUAUUUUUUGAGUGUAUUUGGUAUUUUGUGCAGAAUACAAAUCUCAAGCAAAUACACUUCAAAAAAUAAUCGCAGCUAAGUGACUACAAUACUUUUCGAAUUGUCGGUUUUGCCUGUUGUUUAAUAAUAUUAAGAUUAUCCUAUUUAUUUGAUUAAAUUGUUCACAUUUCAUGAAGUGUUUUAUAGUAUUGCUUAUUUUUGUGAAUAUUUAUAUAAGAAAAGUUACUUUUGGAUAAAUUCAUUGUAUAAUUAGCUGUUCUCAUGUAAAAUUUAGAAACAAAUAAAGAUUUUCUGUUGCCUUCUG